AUGACUGUUGGAGAAAAAAAUCAAUACAAGACAAACAGAACCAUCUUACUUGUGGGAGAAACAGGAGCAGGAAAAUCUACUCUGAUCAACGCUCUGCUCAACUACACCAUGGGAGUGAAGUGGGAGGAUAGAGUCUGGUUUCAGAUCGUAGAGGAGAAGAAGAAGAGAGGUCAAACAGGAGGUCAGACAGAAAGUCAGACAUCAGAUGUGAUCGUGUACGAAAUCUUUGGUUUUGAAGAUAAAACCCUGCCCUACUCUCUGACCAUCAUCGAUACUCCUGGAUAUGGAGACACCAGAGGGACUGAACAUCAUGACAUCAUCAGUCACAGAUUGUUGGACUUGUUUGGAUCAGAUGAUGGAGUCCAUGAAGUUCAUGCAGUGGGUCUGGUGAUGAAGGCGAGUGAUAAUCGACUGAGUGACCGACUGCUGUAUGUCUUUGAUUCAGUGAUGUCUCUGUUUGGAAAAAACUUGGAGAAAAACAUCAUAGCUCUGAUCACACACUCAGAUGGAAGCAGACCUGAAAGCCCUCUUAAAGCUCUUGAAGUUGCAAAAAUUAAAUGGGCUAAAAAUGAGAAGAAUAAGCCUGUUUUCUUCCUGUUUAAUAACUCACAGUAUGAAGACCGAACAGAAGAAAAUAACUCCUCAAAGCAUUCAUGGGAACUCACACAGGAAAACAUGAAUCAGUUGACAGACUUCAUGGGAAAAUCUAAUCCUCAAAAACUGAUGAAAACAGGUGAAGUGCUAAAUGAACGAAUCAGACUGAAAGCCUGCAUCCAAAACCUGAAAGAGAGAAUCAAGCUGGCUGAACUGAAACAGACAGAAAUCAGACAAAAGAGAGAAGCUCUGAAGAAACAUGAAGAAAAACAACGAGAAGAAAAGAAAAAGCUUGAAGAAGCUAAAAAAAUCUACGAAACUCUAAAGAACCAAGGAGAACAGAAACAUGAAGAAGCUCUAAAAAUACAACAAACUAUAAAAGAACAUGAAGCAGAGAUGAAGAGGAAUGAGAAUUUCACUGUAGAAGUUGAUGAAGUCUACAAAGAGAAAGAAGCCAUUGAUGGUGGGAUGAGAUUGUUGUUUUACAGAGGAGCUGUCUGCUGUACAGUCUGUGAGGAGAACUGUCACUAUCCUGGAUGCACAAUGGCCUGGAACCCUGCACACUGUGAAGUCAUGAAAGGAGGUCACUGCACUGUUUGUACCAAGAAGUGUCCUGCAUCAAAACAUGUGAAAGAAAAGUGGACAUAUAUGACCAAGACAAGGAGGCUGAUAGCCGAGAAGUCCCAGUUCCUGAAUGAGUCCUACCAACAUGUUGUCAGACUGGAGCAGAUCGCUCUGAAAGCUGAAUCAGCGUCCACUAUUGUCCACUUGGACUUCCUGAUUGAGAAGAUGAAGGAGGAAAGAGACACAGAGAAGGUCCAGAAACUGGAGGAGAUGAGAAGGAGGGAAGAACGUCUGAAGCCAGGGGACUGGGUACUGAUAAAGGUCAUAAAGAGGAAGUGCUGGUCGAAGCCACGGUGGGACGGACCGUACCAGGCUCUGCUGACAACACCAACAGCUGUGAAGAUUGCAGAACGACCCACCUGGAUACACCAAAGCCACUGCAAGAAGGUGACACACAUCCAGGCCAGCUCGGAGUAA